UUUCCUUAGCAUGCUUUGCAUGCAUUACCAGCCAAUGUGCUGGUAGUUCCUACAAGGCUAGUAGUUUUGUUAGGAAUUAGCCCUUGGGCUGACUUAAUUUUCCAAUAAUAAAAAAAAAAUAAACUAAAUAAAGAAAAAGGAAAACAUCAGUCAACUCCAGAAAAAGAAUCAAAAGUGAAGUUCAGUGGCUUUGAAACAUUUGAGAGUGAGACUGAAUUAACAACUUUUUACUUUAAUCAAAGUUGUUAACUUGUUGCUAAUUUUAGAAGAAAUACAAAGUAGAAGAGAGAGAAAGGAAGCAGCGAUGAAGAUGAAGAUGACGAUGAAGCUCAAGUUUACUCCUAAAGCUUUUGCUGCCUUCUUUCAUGGUGAUGGAGGAUGCGGAAAAACUACUUGAUCUCAUGGCCCAAAAUGGUUGUGAGCCUAAUAUUGUAAGUUUUAGCACUAUCAUUAAUGGAUAUUGCAAGGCCAGAAACAUGGACAAGGCCCUCAACUUGUUUCAAAAAAUACUUCAGAAAGGGGUGACACCUAAUGUUGUCACCUAUACCACUCUUAUUGAUGGACUAUGCAAAGUCAAUAGACUCCCACUUGCGCGUGAAUUGUUCAAGGAAAUGCGAGUUCAAGGAGUUAUUCCAGAUGCUGUCACAUAUGCUUCAAUGCUUGAUGGCCUAUGCAAAAAUGCUACUUGAUGAGGCAGUGGCGUUACUUGAAGAAAUGGAGGAUAAUCGUGUUAAGCCUACUGUUGUCAUCUACGCUAUCCUAAUGGAUAGUUUGUGUGAGGCUGGGAAACUUGAAGAUGCUGCAAAAUUCUUCUUGGAUCUUGUAUUGAAAAGGCUGGAACCUAAUGUUAAAAUAUACACAAUUUUGAUGAAAGGCUUCUGCAAGAAAGGCCUUAUGGAUGAAGCUAAUCAACUGUUGAGGAAAAUGGAGAAUGAUGGUUGCUCUCCUGAUGAUUUAACCUAUAAUACAAUCAUUAGAGGGUAUAUUCUCAAAAAUGACUUGACAAAUGCAUUAUAUUAUUGUGAUCUCAUGGUUAGCAAGGGAUUUAAAGGCAAUGCUGACACUUUCUCGUUACUGGCUGGCCUAUUGUCGUCUAAUAACUUGAGUGAUUCAUCUAAGGCUCUUCUUAGGAAGUUCUUGAAAUUACCUGAGUAAGAUGAUUGCAAAUUGCAACUAUUGCUGACACUUUUUCGUUACUGUUUGUCCUAUUGUCGUUUGCUUCAAGUAUUCAAGUAAGCAUACUCUUUGAGGAGUUAGGCAUCAAACAUCAGUGUGAUAUUCUGUGUUGUGUACUUGGCUUUUAUGUAUGUGAUUCCUAGUUGUAUUAUCUUUGAGCUGAUUUAAGCUAGCUGGCAUCUUGUGGAAAAUUAGACCGUAUUCUUGUGUUCUGUACUCAGAUUAUUGUCGCCUUUAUUGAUCUUUUAUUAGCUUGUGGAAAAUGAGUCAAUAUCUCUGGAAACCUGACCUAGUCUUUUGCAUUGAUCUGUAUGUCAGAUUAGCUCCCUUCCCUGUUCUAAACUUAUCUUCCACCCUCCCCCUUCCUUCCUGUGCUGCUGUGUAAUUUCAUAUUUCUUUCCUAAAAAUGGCGACUAAAAUUUGUUGUUAAUUGGGUUGCAAACCACAACUUGUUGGAUGUAGCAUAUAAUGGCCAUUUCAUAACCAAACCUGACAACUCAGUUUCUAUCCUAAGACCCCCUUAUGACUUUGAAUUUAAUCACCCCCAAAUGUGUAAGAAGGGGAGCGUGGAUGAAGCUAUCCGAUGGUUGAGGAAAAUGGAGGAAGACAAUUACCCCUCUAAUGAUCGUAUAUAAUACAAUCAUCAGAGGAUAUAUUCUCAACAAUGACUUACCAAACACAUUUAUACUAUCGUGAUCGUAUGGCUAGCAAGGGAUUUGAAACUGAUGCUAAUACUUUCUCUUUAAUUGUUGGCCUCUUGUCUUCUAAGAACUUAAGUGACUCAUCAAAGGAUCUGUUUCAGAAGUUUAUAACCUGAAUUAACGUUCUGACAGUCCUAAUUUCGGAAAGACUGGGUGACUUUUUAUCUAGUUUUUACAUAUUAUCCUUCUAAGGGGUCUUAAGUAGUAUUAUUAUUGUUGGUUGAAGUACAUUUGGCAAAUCGAUGAUACCUUGACGCUAUGCAAGUACUUUUAUGUUUUGCUUUGACCUCCAGAAGGUAAUUUGGUGGAUCAAGGGAAAAAUGAGUAUGCUAUUUAUGCGUCAUUCUAAGCGUGUUUAUUUUCAUAGUUGAUAUAGAAUGUUGUAUUUACUGUU